UUGUUCUGCAACCUGAAAGGACAUGCUAGCAGUGACUGUCGCAAAUACAAUACAGUUGAAGCUCGGCAGAAGCAAGUAACGGGAAGGUGUCUACACUGCCUACGACGCAAUCAUAAGGCAUCAUCCUGCAAGCGCAAGAUUGCUUGCUUCCGCUGUAAAGGAGACCACCUGCUUAUAUUCUGUCCCAAUCCGGCCUCAGAUGACCGCAGUGGCAACUCUUCAAAACCCUCUAACUAAGAAAAGUAUCAAAGGCAGAGUCUUCAUAGACUGCGGUAGUCAGCGGAGUUACAUUACUCUGGCAGCUGCAAAAAGGUUAGGCCUGCCUACCCUCCAGGAAGACCUUCUACUCAUUUUCACUUUUGGAGCUUCUGAACCUCUGCAGACGUUAACCCCCGGAACAACAGUCAACAUCCAGACGAAACGUGAUGUCACUAAGCAGUUUACUGUAAACGUCGUACCAAGAAUUACAGACAGUGUUCCGGUGACGUCCUUCAAGCAUCCCGGAGUCGACAUUGUUGCUGAUGAUGAUACAGUUGGAGAGGUUGUUGAUGUACUCAUCGGGAAUGACUACUUUGGCUCUAUCCUCACAGGAAGAAAGAUCCAGGUGUCAGAAGACUUUUGUUUAUUGGAUACGGACUUUGGAUGGGUGCCCUCAGGAAAGCUUACUACUGGAGAAAGAAGCGAAGUCCUCUCAGUGGUCACAUACUGUCAAUGUCACACUCCUAACUGCCCAUAUUUCAGUGAGCCAGAUCUGCCUUUAAGAAACAUAGACGUAAGGUUCUUAUGGUCAUUAGAGAACCUAGGGAUUACGGACUCUCCAAAAGCUACAAGACAGGAAGAAGCAGUUCGUCACUUCAAUGAGACCGUGCAAUAUGAGGAAGGCCGGUACUUAGUCAAAUGGCCCUGGAUUGAGUACCCACCAGAUUUGCCAUCAAAUUUUGGAUUGGCCUUAGGUCGAUUGAAGAGUAACCUGAAAAGACUGGACCUGCAUUUAAUCAAGGAGUAUGACGUGAUCCUGAAGGAACAGCUGGACCUAGGAAUUAUAGAAGUCGUUACUAGAGGGUCAGACUUGAACGCAGACCACCCAAUUCACUACCUCGCCCACCAUAUGGUGAAACAAGAUGGCGGCGGCAAGGGGAGGAUAGUAUACGAUGCUAGUGCCAAAACUACUGGACAGAAAAGCCUCAAUGAGUGCCUUUACAGCGGACCUUCUAUGUUAGAAGACCUAACGGCGUUACUUUUGAAGUUCCGAACUAAGAGGUAUGGCAUACUGGCUGAUGUAGAAAAGGCGUUUCUACAAGUAGCACUUCAAGAGGAUGAUCGCGAUGUCACAAGGUUCCUCUGGUUAAAGGACACAACCAAGGAAGCAACGGAGGAUAACUUACUGUAUCUGAGGUUCUGCAGGGUACCUUUUGGAGUUGUCGCGAGUCCAUUCUUACUGACAGCAACGAUCCGACACUACAUAAGCCAGUCAAACAAGGCCUUGCUGAAACAAGUCGCUGACAAAUGCUAUGUGGAUAACUUAGUGACUGGAGCUGAUAGCCUGCAGGAGGCUAAACAGAUCUAUGAGCAAACCAGAACAGUGUUUGAACAGCUGUCUAUGAAUAUGAGAGACUGGAUCUCAAACAACCAGAGCCUUAUGGACAAGAUACCAGAACAUCAUAGGUCAGUCAAACAUGGACAGGUCAAAGUGCUCGGACUUAUGUGGAAUAUCGAAGAAGAUACGCUGAAACUGAAUUUGACUGAGGACCACUUCAGUACAGAUCCUCCGAUAGACACAAAGAGGAAAGUUCUUCGGGCUCUAGCACGUGUGUAUGACCCAUGUGGUUUUGUAUGCCCACUCAUGUUGUCAAUGAAGCUGAUCUUCCAGAAUAUCUGUGAAAAGAAAUGCAAAUGGGAUACAGAACUACCUACGGAGAUGACACAGUCUGUGAAGAAUGUCAUGGAAAGUCUGAAAUCCAUAGUGAACACAGAGUUGCCGAGGUACAUCGGAACAGAUGUCUCAAUGAGUGAGCUUAAGUACCACUUGCACUGCUUCACAGAUGCCUCCAAAGACGCAUAUGCUGCCAUUGUCUACCUUAAAGUGAUUGAAGAUGGACAAGGAAAAUCAGUCUCCCUUUUGAUGGCAAAAUCACACGUGUCACAGACCAAAGACAAGGAUGAAUUGAAAAUUCCUAAAUUAGAACUUCUAGGAUUUCUGAUUGGAAGCAGACUCCUGAAAUAUGUAAGGAACCAUCUUGAUCUUGACAUCGAGAAAGAAUAUUUGUGGUCAGAUAGUUUGGUUGUGCUUAGUUGGAUGAGGUCAAACAAACUGCUCCCACCCUUUGUUGCCAACAGGGUAAACGAAAUAAAGCGUGACCAUCCCAACACAGAGAUGUUCUAUGUCCACACAAAGGCAAAUCCUGCUGAUGUUGCCACACGUCCAGAACUGUUUGAAGAGAAAAGGCAACUUUGGUUUAACGGACCAGAGUUUCUUGCCAAGGAAGAAUCAUGCUGGCCCCAAAAUAGACUCUAUGAGGCACAUCAGAACCUUCUUUCUGUUGGGGAGGUCCUGGGUGACGACCCAGGUGAGCCGACACAGGAAGUACCCAUUGGUGAUGACGCUGACCAGAGUGAGGCCCUAGAGCAAGGAAGUCCCAGUGAUCCCGUUGAACCAAUGGAAACCCAGGAUUUAAGUAUACCUACAGAGAGUGGUGAAUAUCCUACUGAUGGAAGCAUGGAACUUGACAAUCCUGACUAUCACAAAGAAGGAGACAUCCAGCAGCAGACGAUUGUUUCCAAAAUAGUGUCCGAGAUAAGGGAUCUGCAAAGAAAGCACUUCCAAGAAGAACUAGAUGGUAAAAGAACACAUUUAGCACGAAAUCUAGAUCUCUUUGUCGAUGUGGACGGCCUUCUUAGGUGCCGCGGGCGUAUGGCGAACACCACCUGGAGCUAUGACAUGAAGUAUCCGAUACUACUGCCAAAAAAUUCAGAGUUCACUGACAGAAUCAUAAAGGAGACGCAUGAGAGUAACUACCACGUCGGUGCUCCACAUACAUUGAGUAUCAUCAGGGAGCGGUAUUGGAUACCCCAAGGGAAAGCCCAGGUGAUGAAGGUGUUAAAGCGAUGUACCCAGUGUGUCAAACACGGCGGCGGUCCGUAUCGUUUACCAGGCACACCGGCGCUGCCUCCAGAACGAGUAAAUUACAACAGACCCUUCACUUACACUGGUAUUGACUAUCUAGGACCACUAUUUGUGAGUACCCAGACUGGCAAAGAGAAGCGAUGGGUAGCCUUAUUCACGUGUUUGACAGUAAGAGCGAUACACCUUGAGAUCGUGAAGGACCUUUCGGCUGAAGAAUGUCUCCUGGCCUUGCGACGAUUUAUAGCUGCUAGAAACAAGCCACAACGGAUGUAUUCAGAUAAUGCGACUUGUUUUAAGUUAGUCGCUGAAAUGGUACAACAGCCAUACUGCGUUAAGAAUGACAUCCAGUGGAAAUUUAUAUGUCAACUAGCACCGUGGCAUGGAGGGUUUUACGAGCGGCUUGUGGCCUUGGUGAAGCAUUGCCUUAAAAGAACUCUAGAAAAACACCUUCUCAAUGAUACCAGGUUACUGACGGUGAUGAAGGAAGUGGAAACGGUACUGAAUUCAAGACCGCUGACACGAGUCGGAACAGAAGUGGAACAUGUUCUCUGCCCGGCUGAUUUCAUAAGCCUAGGACAAUGUUUGACUAUGAGACCAUCUGCCGCAGAUAUUCCUACUUGUAACACUGCUACAAAGAGCGACCUGUUUGAGAGCUGGAAGAGAGGAUGCAAUAUCCUAGAGGAAUUUAAGAGAAUGUUCGUCAAGCAGUACCUUGCUAGUCUGAGAGAGAGGUACAACAACUCGCCCAAGCAACCUAGAGUUAAAUCUCAUCGAUCACCACAAGUAGGCGACCUUGUACAGGUUAAAUCGGAUCUCAAGAACAGAAACCUCUGGAAAGUGGGGAAGAUCCACGAGCUGAUCAGAGGAAGUGAUGGUGAAUGUAGAGUAGCGAGGGUCAAGGUUGACGAUUCUACUUUAACGCGUUCCAUUGGCCAUCUCUACCCGCUGGAGGUAGAUGACGAGACGCCUGAGGUAGAACCUGUAGAGGGAGGCUUGCCUGAGAUUGAAGAGGACAGCGGGGAGUUGGAAGUUCCAACCAGCGUGGAUGCUCACGUACCUGUGCUCGAUGAACAACCGGAGAUCGACGCGGAUCAUCUGGCUGGAUGUGAUAUGACCAGUCACAAUGAAGUCCCACCACCAGAGGAGCAGCCAGAGGAAAGAGGCAAUGGGAGAAGCAAGCGGAUCGCAGCCAUUCGUGCCAGGGAUAAAAUCCUGGAGUGGACGCGACACCUGCUCGCCUUGCUGCAGUAACCUUCAUUGUUGUCGGGAGUGUCGCGCCAAGCGCCAAGCGCCAAGCGCGAUGUAAGUUGGUAAGUGGUAUCAACCAGGUUCUACUUUGUCAUGUGGCAACACUGACAGAUAGAAUGACAGUUCUCAUGGCGGGGAAAAGCACGAUGGCGCCAUUAGAGAAAAGAUGGAGGUACGUGCAUGAGGUGUUGGACGGCGCGGGGUGUACUGAGUCGGUACACGGUGCGCCUUCACGCUCUAACGAGAGCCUGCCCAGGUGAGUGUUUAUACACUUAUUUAUGCGUAUAUAAUCGACAUCCUAGCUACAUGGGAGUGGAACAAGGGGUUAACCAACGGUCCUUGGUUAACGUAGUUUCACUAAGGUGCAGUCCAAUCUCGACAUUGGACUGGGAAGCCCGGGGCUUCCCUGAGUGUGUAUCGGAAGCACACAGGCAGGCAUGUAGUACGGUCGGUUAUGAGUUGGAGUAUAAGGGCCGGAUCUAGGGGGCAGGCAUAUGGAGGAUCCCGUGGGGGCACCGCCCCCACGUCCAGGUGGUGUGCAGGACACCAGGGUACUAGAUGGUAGUACCUAGUCUGGAGGCGAACCGAAUCGUACGGGAGAGUCACUCUGGAUAGGCCAGUAGACUGCACUCUCAUAUUGAUACAGAUGUGCGAUGCCAACUCGGAAGUAAAUGUACUUGUACAUGUAACAGUGUGGUCGUGGGUCGACCCCUUCUCCUACUCUCAUGUAGCAUGGUG